AUGUUUAGCGCACGAAUACUCAGAACGCGUUUUAGUACAACAAUAAGGUGCCUAUGCCGGCAGUUGCAAGAAGCGGAAUUGGUUGCAUCUUAUGCAAGUGAUCAGAAUGAUUCUGGUGAAGGUACGAGCCGCUCGCAACGCGAAACUUGUGCAAAAAAAGAGGCAGCUCUCCGUGAAACUCGGAAACGAAUCAAAAGAUGGAAAAGCAGGAACGCACUGUUGCCCGAGGGUAGUCAAGAAGCAUCUGCUGACCCAAAUGCCAUGGAACGAAUUAGUGAAAAGGAGUUUCUGCAGAAGGUUGAGGAGGAAGAGCGCGAGUGGUCAGAACGAACCGAAGAUCUCAUGACAAAUCUCAGCAUUACUGCUAACGAAGAGGGUAGUCGCGGAAUAUUACCCCUGACGAAACGCUUGACUCCGGAAGAAAUGGAGUUAAAACGGAAGACCGGGAAGGUUUUCUUCCGACCAAUAGUUUAUAAUGAAGGGGAGUUGAAAGAGUCAGAUCUCAACUCUCCUCCAUCUGCAACAAAUCCUCAUCCAUUCGACCCUUCCAAGCACGCUGCUCCUGUUUAUAGUCGUACGCUCGUCCCUUUCGUCAAUCAUUAUCCUCUUCUGCAAGCGUUGGUUGAUAUUGGUGUGAAUUUGUUCGAGAUCGAGCAAAGCACUCAUGCUGCCAAGUUUCUCUUGCGCUUAGAUAUGGACAAAGAUGUGAAGCCUAAGCUGCAAUGGUUGGUGUCUCUUGGUUUUGAACCUAGCGAUUUGGGUGAUUAUUUAACCCGCAAUCCUUUCUUUCUUCUCCAAGAUUUGAGUGAUAUGCAGGCCCGGGUAAAUUACUUGAACUCGAUGAAGUUUUCAAAUGAAGACGUAUGUAAGAUAAUAAAAGACUUUAGGUAUUGGUUAAAUGUUGAUGUAAAAACAAUGGAUUCACGGUUGGGAUGGAUUCAGCAGCAAUUCAUGUUGAGCGGUAACGAAGUGCGAAACCUCAUUCGCAAAGAAGCUCGUAUUCUAAUGUUUGGAUUAGGGCCAUUACAGCGCCUAGUAAAUUUAUUCAACAAAGAAUUUGAGUUUACCCCAAAGGAAAUCAAGCAAAUAAUCAUAUCCGAUCCAAGAGUGUUCAUGAUGGAUGCGAAAUUCGUCACUGCCAACUAUAAUUACGUCCACAAAGUCAUGCGUCUACCUAAUUCUGUGAUUGUCAAGCAUCCAUUCAUUCUCCGUUGUUCGCACAGCAGCAUUCGAAACAGGCACGAGUUUCUCAAGAAGCUUGGAAGAGCGAUUUAUGAAGGUGCCACAGCUGAUCAAAAUGUUGGCACUGAUGCGCAAGAUGAAAAUCAAGUCCAACCUGUGUCGCUAGACGCCUUUCUUGAUCCAAGCGAUGCAGUCUUUGCGAGAAGAGCUGCCAACACUUACCUGGUAGUUUACAACAACUUCCUUCGUAACCAUUAGAAAUUGUUCCAUCACACUGCUCAAGUUUUUUCUUAUUUGAAUUGAGAUUAGCUUUAUGGCAAAGCUUCUAAGCUUGCAAGAAGUGCCUUCUUUAGAACUGCUUGUGUCUUUAUCAAAAGAUUCUUUGGAAUCUUGUGUAAAUUAGGUUCCGAUUAAGAGUUUAGGCUAUUCUUUACUAGUCGAUGCAUCUCUCAUAGUUCUUGAUAAUUGUUGUUACUUGUACAGGUUGUUCAUAGCUGUUGUUGAGAUAUGCGUUGUUUUUUCUGAUGAAAUUGAAAUUUGAUUUG